AUGCGCAACUUGGUGUCGCUACAACGCCGCGUAUGGGCGCUUGAGGCAUCGUCACAAUCUGAGAAUCGGUGCGUUGCAUUUGCUUCAAUCCCUGGCGACGCUCAGGUAUUUUUCCUGCGCUCUAGUGGUCGCAUCGAGGCGCUACAGCUCGAUGAACAAGAUGCGCACUCACCGUCUAAAGACCUGGAGUUGUUCCUGGAUCUACGCGAGUUCGUGGAGGAUGACGACGCAUCUGCAGGUUGCUGGAGGUGGAUGAACUAUGUGGCAGAGUUGGGAACGCUAGUCUGCGCUUCUACAAGCGGUGCGCUAGUUUCGGUGGAUGUAGAUACCAGAGACGGUGAAGAAGUUGGUAAUGUGGACAGCGGACUGCGUGCAGUCGCAUGGACUAGCAACCAGGAGAUGUUGGCGCUUGUCACUGGUGCAGGAUCGUUGCUGGUCAUGAGUAACGACUGGGAGGUGCUCCAUGAGACGGAGAUCGAGAGUUCUAUGCCUUCGGAGUUGGAGCUCAGUACCUCUAGACAAGACGAAGAGAGUUGGUGCUGCGAACUCUGUUGGCGUGAAGACACCAAGUUUGUUGCGUUGAAUAUUGCAACGACGAGGAGAGACGAUGAUAGAGAGGAGAGUGAAGUAGUUCACAAGGUAUUGGUCUUCACGGACCAACUCGAGUUCCACGCACUCGGAAGACUGGAAGACGGACGUGCUAUCCCGGCACUUGGUUCAGCACUGCAUUGGAGUCAGAGUCUCGCAUUGAUUGCAAGUACCGAAUUGAGGAAGGGGAGAUUGGUUGUGGUCUUUUUCGAGCGCAACGGACUGCGGCAUGGCGAGUUUGUUAUCCCUGCCGUGUAUCGUGCGCCACAGUAUCGAGUCGGAAGGGUGAGGUGGAACACAACGUCGGAGACCAUUGCAGUGAGCUUGCAUCCUACGGGUAAAGACGACGACAACCAGCCACCCGUUAUUCAAUUAUGGUCGAGGAAUAAUUAUCACUGGUAUCUGAAGCAGGAGCUCCAACUUCGCACUGAUGAUCGACUUGUUGAUUUCAAUUGGGACGAAGAAGUAGCUGGCCGACUGAACGUCGUUGCUUGUUCAGCGCACAGCCAGACGCUUACUUUCUAUGAACACGAAUUUUCUUGGGAUAUUUGCAGUGUCGAAGCCGAACAAUUGACUCGCGGAGAGGGUCAGGAAGCGCGUCAGAGUGUGGCAAUGACGGGAGUUAUCGAUGGAUCAAAGCUGCUGCUUACGCCACUUCACCGUGCAAUGGUGCCACCACCGUUUGCUCUGCUUCAAGCCACGUUUGAUGCAGCAAUCAACUCAGUUGUGUUUGAUUCUCAGACCGAGACGUUACUCGUGCUGCUCGCCAAUGGAGAUGUGAUUCUUGUGGAGAACUACCUGACACCAACAGAUGUUCGUGCUUCAUCAGCAGGUUUACCUCCUCCACCAAACGCUGCUCGAAGCCGUUCUGACACACUGAUGUCGAUGACCACAGUAAAGUUGAUUCACGCUGGAUUGGAUGACGAACCUUUCACGCUUUCGAGUCUGCUCUGGGUUCGUUUUAGCCCCGAGUCUUGCCGACUCGUCUUUGCGGGUAAGACUGGAUGGCGGGAUCAGCUUGUGCUCUGCUCGAUGGACACCCUCAAUGCAAAUACAGAGACCGAAGGAGCCACAGUUUGUCCUGUUAAGCUCUUUGACGUCCGAAGAGCGUGCGAGGUGCUGCAGGAAUUUAUGGGAGCAAUCCAAGAGAUUGAGAAUGAUGGAGAAGAAGCAGAGGCUGCUUUGCUGCUGCCUUUCGUUACAAGCGCAGUGAAGCAGUCGCCUCCACGGUUUGACAAAGCUCUUGGAAAAGUUCAGAAGCUACUGCACCGAUCCGAAUGUGAUAACGAGACUUCUUCAGCUCAGAAUCGUGCGGCGGCAACGCGUGCUAUCAAGCACCUCAUUGUGCUGACAGACGUGGACAGUUUGUACUCGGAGGCGUUGGGCUUGUAUGAUCUGGACCUGGUACGAACCGUGGCUACUCAUUCUCAACGGGAUCCGAAGGAAUACGUUCCAUUCCUCGACCGUGUGGCACGUCUUGAGAACGAAAACUGGCGAAAGUACACGAUUGAUGUCCAUCUUGAGCGACUCGCACGAGCGCUGACUCACGUUGCUGCACUGAUUAACGAGACCAGUGCUGAGAACCAAGAGGAAAAAGUCAAGCUGCAUGGUAUUACUCUUGACUUGAUAAAGCAAGGAGAACUGUAUGACCAGGCCUUGGAACUAUUCCCCCACACCCCAGUGAAGCAGAGUGACCGUGCGUUCCGUCAACAAAUACUGAGACUAAAGGGCGAGUUCCUCGACGCGGAGAAGAAGUACGAGGCUGCGGCUUUCGUCUAUUUGGCGGCUUCAGAGAAGGAAAAAGCUCGACGUUCAUUCAUCGCUGCUCGCAAGUGGCAGAUGGCGUUGGCAUUAAGCGCUCGCGAUCAGACCCCCGACAAACUCCGCAAUGAAGCGUAUGCCCUUGCACAAGAACUUCUGAACAAUCAGCAACAAGACGGAGCUGUUGACGAUGUUCUUGCAGUGUCAAGAAUCUACGUCGAAUACUGCAAUGACAUUGACGAAGCAGUGGCGCUGCUAGUCACGCAUCAACAAUGGGCAGAGGCGUUGCGUAUAGCUUAUCUACAUCAGCGUGACGACCUAGUAGAGAGCGAUAUAGAACCUGGUGUGUUGCAGUGCUGCGACGAUGUCCAGGAGGAGUUGGAACGCAAGGAAAAACAGUAUUUCAAGUACUGGAAGCGUCUGACUACAAUUUGCGAACAAAAGAGGCUCUUCAAGCUGCAUGGUAUCGACGGUAGUCGAUGGGAUCACGGCGACGGUGAUACUGAUGCUGGAAGCAUUCGUUCUGGCGCUUCGAGCGCUGCUGACAGCGCUCUAUCGUAUGCUUCGGUCAGUUCAGUGGGCAGUCACAACAGUGCCGCUAGUAUCGGUAACUUCUCGAUGCAGUCACUGUCAAUGGCGACAGCUAGCCACUUUUACGCUACCCAAGCGCUGAGUACUGGCAAGAAACCCAAAACAAAAGCAAAGCAUGGAGGCAUCCCUUCUCGUCGAGAGAGGCGAAAGAGGAUGAAGGAAGGUAGCGCCGAAGAGGAAGCGUAUGUUGAACAACAGCUUUCGGAACUGCGACCGAAUGCAGCGUUAGCACGAGAGAUUGGGGGUCUGCUCGAAAUGCUGAUCUUCUUUGGCCACGUACAACAAGCUCAGAAGUUGCAGACACAACUGGCAAGUUUCGAAAAGUGA